AUGCGUAAAUCCAACCGCAAAACAAAGAAAACUUCGAAAACUUUGCACAUUGAGCCCGAAAUGGAUGAAGAUGAGCUUCCUCCCACCACCCCAGCGCCUGACGACGACGAUAUCUAUGUCAACGAGGAGGAGGAGAGGGCUUUGAUGCGAAGAGAAGAGGAAGAAGAAAGUGACAGAGAUGGGGAAGUAAUUGACAAAGACCAGAGAGACGACGAAGAGGAAGAAGAAGACAUUGAUAGCGGCAGUGAUGUUCAAGUUAUACCGCAGAAGAGAAAAAAGGGAAAGGACACGAAGAAAUCAACCAAACGGGUAAACAGGCUUCCCUCUGAGGAAAUCAUCAUGGCGCGCAAGAUCACCUACAAUCUAGCCAUCUUCUCUGUGGCCGAGCUUGCAAAACCUCAGGCGCGCCAUGAGCCUGCGGCUCGAUUUGUUGUACUACCAAGCGACCUAGAUUGGCUCGACGUUCAUGCCCACCUGAAGAUCAAGGCCGGCGAUGUUUUAUUUCCUGGUCAGGCCGCUAUCCACGACAAUGCCUAUGAAACCACCUUCUGCAUAGCUCGACACAUCCCAAACCCACUACCUCUUUCCUGCAUCGGUGACUACAAACAUUUGGUUGAGAACGCGCUCCGCCAGCAGCAACCUACGGUGAAAAUCAUGAUCAAGGUGAUCGCUCGUCCACAGGGAACCCCCGACAAAGAAAACGUACCCCCUGUUCUAGAUCGACUUGAUGCUCUAGUAGAUCGGGUUCUUGGACCUGCGGCAAAGAAAGGAAAAAAGAGCCGUGCUCCGAAUGCGAAUGAUAUUUUGCCUGGCAAUAUUGCCAAGAACGAUAACAUCAAGCAGCUUCGUUUGUGUUGGGAGUGCGCCACGUCAAACUGCUCAUCGGAGCAUUGCUACAUCCCUGCGGAUGGCCCGCAUUUUGCUUUGAGCCACGACCACUUUGACAAGUGGGCAGCGGCGAUGCUACACAAUCACGCCGGCGAACCAUCGGCAACUCUUGAACAUCCACCCAACAUUCGAGAGUUUGACGCCGUCUCGACGCACACCAUCGUUUCAAAGUCUCCACUUCUGACAGCUCGACUAAGGGCCAUGGAAAAGGAGAAGGGACCCCAGGCGCCGGUUGUCAAUGUGGUGCUACCUGCUAAUUAUGGUCUUCCUCCUCCGGCAAUUGCGGCACCACCACCAGCACCCCUGCUUGAGAAGCCGACUGGACUGAUACCCCCAACUCUCAAUGAAGGUCCUCGAAUGGAUAUUGAGACGUUCUGUGUGGUCUAUGCACUUCCCAACGCAGUUCUUCGAUACUUCCAUGAAAACGCGAUUACAGGCACCCACGCAUUCUCACACAUCACAGAUACCGAUCUUGCUCGAAUGGGUUUCAAGAUCGGAGAGGUUAUUGACCUCAAGGAGGCUGUCAAGACGUGGGCAUCAUCCAAGUAA